AUGGUAAUUCUUGGAGCUAAAAAGUUGAGAACGAAAAAAGAAAUUCGUGUUGUACUACCUGAGGACAAGUAUAUCAGUCAACUUCAAGAAAUAAUUAUAAGAGAUUAUUUUCCUGAAUUACCGAAACUAAAGGCUCAAGAAGAAUAUUUAGAUGCAGUGGCUGCUAAUGACGUGGCAAAAAUUCGGUGUUUACAGAUGCGUUAUAGCAGAAAACAAACUACUGACCAAACAUUAUCAACCAAUGGUAUUGAUACUCCCGCAACAUUCUCUGAAACACCUUGGAAUAGUGUAUCUUCAGAGCUGGAAACUGUAGUAGAUGAUGGCGAAAUAUUGAAGAAGAAGAAAAAGUUAGAUGAAAAGCUUACAAUUGAUGCUUACUUAAAUAAGUAUACGUCGGAAGAUAACGCUUCUUUUGAAGAACUUGAUUUGUUGCAUAGAAAAAAGGAAGAAAUUCGUAAUAGUUGGAUGUAUGAAGCAGAAAAGAAACAUAAUGAAAAGUUCGUUGAAAGGGGCAAAGAGUUAAUUAAAGCAGCUGAUGAGCAACUUAUGAUUACUGCUGCUCCCGGAAUACUGGAUAAUUGGUCAUAUCGGGCUCGAAAUGUAGUACACUUUCAUCCAGAAGAAGCACCGCUAACACUGGAAGAACAUUUUCAACGGCAAAAAGCAGAUCAAAAGGUUAUCAAUAAAAGUGCCACUCGUUUCACAGAGACAAUGAAUGGCAAUAAAAAUAUGAAAAAAAGAUAUCCCUUGAAUAUUCUGCUUAUGAAUCCGGGUAAAGUGGACAUAACCGGACGUGAAAUUGGUACUUCAAAUGCUGCGGCAAUGGGAUUAGUUGCAACACCUUCACCAGCACCAGGUGUAAAUGAGUCUCCAUUUAUGACGUGGGGUGAGAUCGAGGGGACACCCUUUUUGCUUGAUGCUUCUGAUAUAGCUACUACUAGUUCUGCUCCUGCUUUUAAAAUCCCAGAAAUGCCAAUUCGAGAAAAGAUUGCUCAAAGUAUAACUGAAACAAUUGCUAAGCGUUAUCAUGAUAAGCGAAAAAUCGCAAUGAGACAGGUGGAGAAGCAUCAUGUCAAAACACCCAACUUUGGUUCUGUUCGCAGUUCAGAAAAGCUUACCAUGAUGUCACCUGCUGCUAGACGUCUUGCUGCACAAGGAUUGGGAAUUCGAUUAAGCUCAGAGAAGAGUUUAAAUUUUGCCCUCACACCGUCUCCAUCGAGUACACCAGGUUCAGCGCAAGUAAUAGUCGAAAAAACGUCAAAAACAAGAACGGAAGGUGCUAGCUGUUGUGUUGAGAUCAGCUCAUCAAUUACUGAUAAUUUGCUUAGUUUUGGGCAAUCUAAUAACAACGUGAAAAAAAUCCGACCAGCUGCUGCUGAUUUCUUUUGA